AUGGACACCCUUGACCAUGCCAUUGCUCGCCGACACAUACCUUAUGGCAUGACCGCGCCUCAAAAUGAUGAAGAGCAACGGAUACUGAGCACCGCAAUCGCAAUUGCUACAUCAUUAUCCAUCUUGGGUGCUGGGGGCAUCAUUCUCAGCUUCGCGACCUUUCGAGACCUAAGGCUGUUUAGACACCGUUUGAUCCUAGGCCUAGCCAUCAGUGACUUCCUGCGAGCCGUUGUAAUACUCGUGCCCGCAGCGUUGGAUUUGGCAAACCAGCCAUUGACAGCAGUUUCGAACUACAGUGCUUGCGUCUGUGAUGGCUUCAUGGUUCAACUUUUUGUCACCCAGUCAGACUAUUGGAUAUUGAUGAUCGCAAUAUAUACAUUCAUCAUUGUGACGGGGCAAAACCAGACAGCGGCUUGGAUAGACAAUCACCAAAUUAUUGUCCUUGCCAUUCCCUGGGCUAUAUCCGUUACAUCUGCUAGCGUCAGCCUCACAAUAUCAAGUUAUAAUGAUAUUGGCUCAUGGUGCUGGAUUCACGAGGAGAAUAUCAGGCUCUGGUACAAUUUCGUACCUAGGUGGACCAUCAUUAUUGCUAUGCUGGUAAUGUAUGCGCGUAUAUCAGUCGUUCUAAGAAAGGCGCAGCGGGGCUUCGGAACAGCGGCCUCGAGGAGGACUACUGCCGGUCGUCCAAACUCAGGAGAGCCAAAACAAGAUAGCCUCGAUUCCUUUGAGCCCCUGAGUCUCGCAGAAGAAGGUGGUCGAUGCUCUGUCACAGAGAACAGUAACAGACUUAGAAAGCUUGCCCGCCACAUGGCCCUAUACCCAAUCAUUUACAUCAUUCUAUGGAUUUUGCCGACGAUAGUCGUUUUAUAUCAUGUCUCGACGAACACCCCAGCCCCUUUUCCUCUCCAGACAGUGGACAAGUCCUUUAUUGUUAUUCAGGGUUUUGUCAACGCCAUCACAUAUGGUGUCAGCGAGUCAUCCGUUGCCUGUUGGCGCACAUUGCUUUUCUCCCAAGAUGUAGAGGAGAUCGCGAAGCAGGAUGAAUCGCAUUUCUCUGGCUCACCCGGAGGGAUGACAGCAGAACAACGGAAUUCCCAUACUUCGAUUUCGCCAAGUCUCAGCAUGGCUUUGUCACCAGAGAGACUUUCCGGCUCAAUCUACGAGGAACUCGAGAAUGAUGCGGACAAUCACCACGGCGGUGUUUAUGAAGAUGAGACUCGUUCUCUUGGACUUGAUGAUUUGGGAAAUACAUUGGACCACCCGGCGGAGGAUACAUCAACACCACGGACGAUCAACACACAUGUUCAACCAAGAGUUGAUUGA